AUGGCUGAAUGUGGGGGCUGCGUCUUUGUGCCGGCUUCUUCUUCCUCGCCGCCGGCCUUCGUUGGCGGCCGCCGCUUCUCCCUUGGCUUCCUCCCGGACAGUAAAUCCUGGGAGCUCGUGGACUGCCGCGGCAGCCUCCUCCUCUCCAGGAAGGAGACCUGCUGGGUAGCACGAAUGCGGCCCCUCCUCGUGUGCGAGCCAACGACGGGGCGCUACCAGGGCAUCCUUCGCCCGACGGGCCUGAAUGGACGCAGCCUCGGCAUGUUCCUGCUCGACGGCGUCCAACCCGACGGCGGAUGCAUCAACAUGUCCAACUUCAGGAUCAUGUGUGCCAUGUAUACGUUCAACAUCUGGCACCACGACCGUGAAACGCCGUUCGCCUGCGUCUUCUCCUCUGGCAGCGACGGCGGCUGGCGCGUCGUGGAUCAUGCCGGCGACAUCGUCCUCCCAUUCCCAGGAAAGAUCAACUCUCUAAACUUCGUGGGGCGUGCCAAUGGGUCCGUGUACUGGGAGAUCGACGGCGACGCGGCCGUGCUUGCUCUGGGCGAGGCCGGCACGGGGUUCUCGCGUGUCCUGUUCCCGGAAAACGUCCGUGCAUCGCACUGCGAACGGACCUUGCGGGUCAUGGCCGGCGCCGAUGAUGGCGCCGCGUUGCGGGUUGUCCGCGUGAUAGGCAGCGAGCUCAAGGUCUUUGCGCGGCUUCCGGGGGGCAGCAGCGGCGCCGGCGAUGAGUGGAUGCAGGAGAAGCUCCUGAGUUUGCCGGAGGCCACCCGUGGGCUGCCAGGACACGAGGAAAGGUUCUUCCAGGGAGCAGCUAUGAUUGUGGACGCAAAUGCGAGCUACGUCCUCGUGACACCCAGCGAGAAGACGUGGCUCUUCUCCGUCGAUCUCGAAACGAUGGUGGCAGAACGCGACCACCACAGGAACAGGUUCGCGGGGGCAGCGCAGGCCUGCGAGUUGCCGUGGCCGCCCGCCUUGCAAGCUUGUUGCGCUGAUCGCGGUAGGGGGAGGAGGAGAUGCCCCUCAUCAUGA